CAUGCGGAAAGGGCGGGGCCACGUAACUUACAGUUUGCUAAAAGCUGUCAGAGGAGCAGUUUAUCUUUGUCUGGAUGGCUAGAUGAAACGUUUUAUUACAAACCAGCCUUCGACUUCCUUUUUUGUUUGGUCCGAGCCUCAGUGCCGUUGGCCAAAUCGGCGAAUGCAGGGCAUUUUUGGCGAGCAGGAGCGAGAACUCAAUGACUGUAUCUGCACCAGCCAUCCUAGCCUAUUUACAACUUACACUUUGGAACCGCGA